CUCGAAUUUGGAUGAGCUUGUAUGUUGGAUGCGAUGUCAAAAUUUGUAACAAGCAAAACGAGGCGUGAAAGCAUUCGACAACGAUAAUUGAAUGUACACUACGUGGUAUAUGUUAUUGUAUCGACUGCCAGAUUUCGAGUUGCAGUCCCCAAUUUAUCGUUUUCUCUUCUCAACGACAAUUAUGGAGCGGGUAGAACAAUAAAAAAAUAUGUAAAAAUGUCAGUCGACGAGAUACCUCCAUAUUAAGGCGAAGGGAAGUGAGUAACAGAAUGCAAUCGGCAGUAAAGACAAUGUAGUUAGGCGAAGCAUAAAGCGCCCGAAUAUGUAUCUAAGAAUUCAUGAUGGUACUUUAGUAUCUCAUGAUAACAUUGAGGCGUAAUGAGCUGCCGCAGCCAGUAUCUCACUCGAAUAAUACAGGGUAAGCCACUAUUUUCAUGGAACAACUUCGACCAACGGACUGUCCUCAAGUUGUGUCCAUUUCCAAACCCCACCGCCAGCGCACAAGUGACACCUCAAGCCGCUGGCAACAAAAAGCAUCAUGGGCAAAGCCACUCCACUCAACGACACAGUUGAGCAGGAAUUUGCUAAGCUGGAGCAACUAUUGAUCCAGACAGCGGACGAAGCUUCCAGCUGUCUCAAAGCUCUGAAGAACAACCUCUCUGAGUAUGACAAGCGCCACGGACUACUUUUCCUCAACACGUCCAGGUCGUUCAUGAGGUGUGACAUUCGUGCUGCAAAGGACAAAGCUGCCGAGUUGAAACAUGUUGCCUACCACAUUAACAAGAGUGAGAGACCUUCUGAAUCGGAGAUCACUGCAACACGCAGCAAGAUUCACGAGGUCUCCGAUGCCAUGCUCCAUCUCAAACAAACAGCUCGUGCCUAUGACAGGAAGAACCACUUGGAGAGCUUGUCGGAGCUCAAAGCGGAGGAACGUCGCUCGAAUCCGGAAUUCAGCAAGUCGGAGUCUGAAGGCAGCUGGUUCAGUGAAGACACCAGCAGUGACCGCAGCGGCAAUGCCAUUCGCGGGGCUACUGACCGGGUGGAGAUCGUGCUGAAGUCGACUAUACGCCACAAUUUUAGCGGAUUUUCCGCCUUGAAGCAUCAGGUUUCGGUGGCGGAAGAAGCCUUGUCGCCAUCGAUUGUCGAUCAUGUCAUGAACACAAUGGCUUCCAUGUCGAAGAGUCUGAAGGGAGAGGACAAUUUCGAGAAGAAGAGCGUGAACGUGUAGCUACCCUGCAGCUUCAAAGGUGAUGCAUAGCUUGGAAACAAAAAAACUAAAAGUAAUUCUGAUUCGCAUUGCUUUUCAAAAUAACUUCAACUUACGUGUGUAGCCAUUUCAUUUAAUUCACGUGGUCCACACGUUUAGCUAAUCACAUUCCCGC